CAUGCAGGGGCGCGGGCGGGGCGCGGGCGUCGCGCGGCUGCAGCAGCGGCUCGGGGCCGCCACGCAGGAGAACGCCCGGCUGCGGCGCACCCUGCGGCAGGCCGAGGCCGGCGUCUCCCAGCUGCAGGCAGAGCUGGAGCGGCUGCGGAAGGACCUCGGGCAGCGGGCGCAGCGGCGCACGAGGUGGCACGCGGGGCGCGGGGGGCGAGGCGGGACCCCAGACCCAGCCCCUGCUUCGGCACGGCCCUGCCCCACGGGUCCCCCACACAGCCCUGGCCGUAGCCACGACGGCCCCGGUGCAGCCCCGGGCUCGUGCUGGGCCCGGGGCCAGGCUCCCGUCGGGAAGCGCUGCCCACCCAGCCGUGCUGCGAGCACCGGCAGCCGUCGGGAAGCCCGUGCAGAGCAGCUGGCACGUCCCCACCGGCCUGCUGUUGGCCGCCCCUGUGACACCGGGUGUCCCGGGGCCGUCCCAGCACCUCUGCCAGCCCUGCGGGGCCGGGGCUGGAAGGCUGUGGGCAGCCCCAGCCUUCGGAGGCCCUGCCAUGAGGAUGCUGUGUCCCUGCAGAGAGCAGCAGGCCCUGCGGGAGCUGGCGGAGGAGAACCUGGCCUUCACGAGCUACGUCAGGACGCUGCAGUACGUAGGAGCCUGGCAGGGAAGCGGUGGCAGGGGACAGCUGCGGGGACCAGCUCCUGUCCCAGCCCCUGCCAGCCUGGGGCUCAGGCUGCUCCUCCGGGCAGGGCGACGAACAGGAGCCUGUGUGAGAGCAACGGCAGCCUGCGCUCAGCCCUGCUGCUGGGCUCCUGCCUGGGCCCCGGAGCGGUGAGUGCUGCGCGGCGCAGCAGGGAGGGCAGGGACGUGGGCGCUGCUGGGGUUCCCCGCUCGCCCUGCCCGUGCCCCAGCUCAGGUGGGUCCAGCACGGGGGCUGCAGCCGGCACCCAGGGACCUGCCGCAGCCCCGGGUGCUGGGAGUGGUGGACGCCCCCCCAGGAGCCCCUCCGCACUGAUGCCUCCCCUACAGCCAUCGCCCCCCCUCCAGCCCCGCAGCCCCCUCGCUGACCCCUCACCCUGCCUCCCCGAGGACGCCCACAGCAGGUACAGGGGGGGCGGCUCUCCACGCCCCCAGCUCCCCGCGACAGGCCCCCGGCAGAACUCAGCCUCCAGCACGGACACAGCCUCGCUCAGCGACGCCGGCAGCUGGAGCUCGGAGGACGCCCGUCCCACCAGCCCCUGCUGGGGCACCCAGGACCCUGCGCCCCCGGCAGAAGGCUGCUGCCACCCUGCGCAGCACUGCUGCAAGAGGAAGCUCCCUGCCUUCCCACCGGAGGGGUCCAGGGCAGCAGAGGAGUCUGCUCCCCCCUGCCCCAUGUACCGGCUGGUGCUGGCAGGUGACAGCGGCACAGGCAAGUCCAGCUUCCUGAUGCGCCUGUGCACGAAUGAGUUCAGAGACGUCUCUGCCACACUAGGGGUGGACUUCCAGAUAAAGCAGCUGCUGGUGGAUGGGGAGCAAACUACACUGCAGAUCUGGGACACAGCAGGGCAGGAGAGGUACCGGAGCAUCGCCCAGUCCUACUUCCGCAAGGCCCACGGCGUGCUGCUCCUCUACGACAUCAGCUCCCAGAGCAGCUUCCUCAGCAUCCGCCAGUGGAUUGAGGACAUCAAGUGCCUGGGACCAGCCAGGCCUUGGGGAGCACCUGGACCAAAAAGGGCAGAGCCCUGCAGCCCCAGAGGUUGCUCGAGCCAGGCUGUGCGCCCCGGAGCCACGAGCUGCCCCUCGCUCCAGCAGGCUGCUGAGACAGCGCUCCCGCUCAUGCUGGUGGGGAAUAAGACUGACCUGCGCCCCAGCCUGCCGGAGGCAGCGGGGGUCCGCACGGCCCACGGGCAGAAGCUGGCCAUGGUGAGCAGCCACAGCUCAGGACGGGGCCCAGGAGGGCCGGGACCUCCCCCCGACUCGCCUGCUCUCCCCCAGGCCCACAACUGCCUGUUCUGCGAGACCAGCGCCAAGGACGGCACCAACGUGGUGGAGGCUGUGCUGCACCUCGCCCGGGAAGUGAAGAGGACGGCGGGCUCGAGCAGCGGCCGCGGCGUCCGCCUGGACGUGAGCAUCCCUCCCCCGAGGGCAGCUCCGCGCUGCUGCAGGGCCUAGCGCAGGAGGCGGGCGGGCUGCAGGACAUCGCCCGCCCCCGGCCCCGCCCGGCGGCUCCCCCCGGCUCCCGGCCCGCCGCGCCGCC